UCGCAGCAACCAAAACGAUAACGUUGCAAAAGUACACACGGUGUUAUAAUACAAUCAGCCACGACGACGUCUACAACGGUGUCAGCCGCUCCGGCGUUCGCAUCGGAUACGCCAAAGCAACAACAAAACUCGCGACGUCGUCGUCAAACAGUCGAACCGCCGCUAUUUAGUGCCAUCAACAUGACGACGACCACGACUAGUCGUGUCGGCCGACGCGUGCGCCUGCCCGUGCACCUCGCCACAUCGGUGACGUCGAGCGCGGCUAUAAGGGCGGCCACGGUGUCAUCCGCGCUGGGCCCAAAGAAAUUGCGAAGUUUGCGAAAUUUGUUGUCGCGCGGCAAGCGAAAACCCAUCCGUGUGCGCAGCACCAGCGACGGCAGCAGUGCUCAACAACAGCAGCAGCAGCGACCACAACAACAACAACAGAUUGUUGUGGAGCAGCAGCACCAGCAAGUUCAUAACAAUAUCAAUAGGCAUAAUACCCAGAAUAGCAUUGACAGCAAUUGUAAAAGCAAUAACAACAACAACAACACAAACACAGUUCAACACAACGAAAACGCGUUGAAAGUGAAGGAGCGCGAAAAGGUGGCCGAAAAGCAUGCCAUUGCAGCCGAGGAGUUGGAUGACAGUGACGACGACGCUAAUGAAGAUGGCGCCGAUGGCUAUAAGUCUGAGAAUAACCCCCCAACAGCGUUGGCACAGCCAUUCCACGAGAAAAUGCUCUACGACACACGAAUACGUCGGAAAAAUGUGUUGGCGCUCAAUGAGAAAGUGGCUGCGAUACGCGAGUACGAAAAGUCGCCGGUGUACAAGCGUAUCGGACGCAUGUUCCACUGCAGUCCCGAUCAGAUCAAGCGCAUAGUACAGCAGAAAGACAGCAUACUCGAGGCUUGGGAGCAGCGUACGCGUCGCUGUCACGACGCAAAAACGCUUGAAAUGAAAGUGGUGCGCGUGUCGAUGCUGGGCAAAGCGGUCUUCGAUUGGCUACGCCGCAUGAUCUACUACCAGGACAUACAGAUAACGGAUGGGCUCAUACAGAAGACGGCGCUGCAAUUUAAAAGCGCUAUGGGCUUACAAAAUUUCUUUCCACAUCAGGAUUGGUGCGAUAAAUUUCGACAGACAUACAAAAUCCAUACAACCGACAGUAAACUGCUGAAUAUUGGCUAUACACAAGGCUAUUCUGUGCAAAUAAAGGAUGUCAUGAAGGACGUGCUCAACGAGUGUACACCGGAUGCGGGCAGCAAGCCGCAACCGAUGGAUGACGACGACAACGAUGAUGAUGUGGAAGAGAUUAAGGAGGAGUGUGAUAAUACGGAGAAUACGAAAGCGCACGAAGGUGAUGGGGAACAGGAAGCAAAGCGUAGACGACUGAAGGCAGUCGGCAAUCUUCAGAGCACUAAAGGCAAUGUUGCAGGCAACAUGGCACAGCCAACAGGUAGCACACUAAAUGCAACUGGCAAUCCAAUUGUGAAACGCAUAAAUAUCACAAACCCCAACGGGAAUAUGUCGAAUAAUCAAUUAGCCGCCAAUUUGCAAAAGAAGAACACGCCAUCUCCAGCCAUGCACAAUCUUGCAGCACCGCAAUUAGCGCCUUUCCGUCAACUGGUCGCAUUGCCACUACAAGGUAAUGUCGCCGGCAUGCCGCAAAAGGUGUUGGUAGCCACACCCAUAACGCCGGCCGGUCAGAUGCCUGGCGGCAAGCCAAUGACCAUGACAAUCAUACCGCUGGCGACUAUCGCACAAUCGCAGAGCAUGCAAGCAGCUGCGGCCACAGCCACAGCUGCGGCAACUGCAACAGCUGCAGCGACUGCCACACCGACUGCACUAACUGCCGCGCUGGCUACAACAACGGCUACAGCCGCCACGCCUGCGUCGGAUGCCGAGAAAUCCAAUGUGCCACCACCGAUGCUGGAUAUUAAGAAGGAAAUCAAGCAGGAACCGCAGGAGCCCGUUGAAAUCAAACAGGAAUAUAUUUCAGACGCAGAGGAUGAGGAGCCAACGGAGCAGGAUCACCAACAGCCCAGUGACGAUGCUAUGAAAACAAACACUGCGCUGCAAGCAAAUGCCAUUAACAAUAAUACCACGCCAUUUUUACCAGAAGGUGAUACAUCCUCCAGUGGCAGUAUGGAUGUUGAAGAGCGUGUCCGCGCGCCAGAAACCGCCGAUGAUGACAAUAUAGCUUUAGCCAAUUUGCGGCGACUCAUACAGACGCAAGGUAAACUUGUUGCAACUUCAACAGCAUCCGCAACCGGCGUACGUCCUACCGUCUCGUCGGCCGUGCCGCCUUUAGCACCGAAACCCAUUUUAUUACCCGCUCCAUUAAACCCCAGCACAUCAGGUGCGACUGAGCGUCAGAGCUUGCCAACAUCGACGACUGCCAUUACUUGCAUACCAGCCGCCAAUAUAUCCGCCAUGAGUAGAUCCCUAUGCUUUACGCCGCCAUUGCCGCCUUUGACAAAAGCACCGGAUGCCGUUAUAAAUCGCUUGGCGAAUAAACGCAAACACGCCACAAACAAUAUGCCACUGAUGCCGCCCAUCAAAUCCUGUUCAGAGGCGCGUAAAUAUCUGAAACUUUUGGAAGAUUUCGCGCUGGUUAAAGAGAACUUUAGACUGAUCGGCUUGAUCACGCGCGCCGACGAAGUUCUGCGCGAGCUUGAUGGGGACGACGACGUGGAUGUGGAUUGAGUUGUUGUUUACAACAAACUUCUACUUUAAAAUUAAUACUUACACAUACAUAUGUUGUAUGUGGUUGUAUCCAUGCGUAGAAUGUAAGAGUAUAGCUUUUUCUAUGAAUACCAAAGCCGGUAAUUGUUACCAUAGUGCGUAAGUGAAGUGGGAAAACUUAUGUACAUACAUACAUACGUAUUCGUGUGAGUAUGUACAUAUGUAUGCAGCCUAUCUACAAAUCAAUUUUUUCACAUACUAUAUAGAGGUUUAUAUACAUAAACACAUAUUUCUAAGUAGAAGAGCACUAGGGACACAUCUAUGUACAUAUAUAGUUACUAUAUUGCAUACAUACAUACAUACUCCUGUAUUGGACACAUUUUUGUUUUUGUUUAUUUUAUAUGAAUUAUUUUAUUAUUCAAGUGAAUUUCAAUACUGUAUUUAAUUUGUUUCACAUACUUACAUAUAUUGUACGUCAACAAUACGUUACAUUAAAAUGUGCAUAAAUUUUUUAGAGAAGCUACCAAUUAAUUAAAAGUUGAAUAAAAAGGAAUUUGAAAAAAAAAAU